AUGAAGAAUGUAGCAUUUGCUCUUGGUAUACUCAGUGUACUAAUUGUUGCAAUAGUGGGAGAUAUUCCCGGCUGCGAUUAUUUUGAUACUGUCGACCUUACGAAUAGCCACAAAUUCGAGAAUGGAACAUAUCAAUAUGAGGAUAUUUUAAUACCAAAGGAGAAAGUCGGCCUAUACGACUACCAGAUAUUGUUUAAUGGUAACCGCGAGCCGGUGCCCGAGCACACAAGAGGAUGUGCCUGCCAAAUCAAAUCGUGUGUUCGCUUUUGUUGUGAUCCUCAAAUGUUACUCGUUAAAGGAGAGGGGAAAUGUGAAGGCCUUAUUAAUUUAAACUAUAGUUCUAUUUUGAAUAUAACAAUGCAUGAUGGCGCAAAAGUAGAAAAAGAUGUUAUGGAAUUUAUUGUGCAAAAGCAUCUCCCUGUGCCUUGUAAGGACCACCUACUGCUUAACGCCGCUGGAAACGAAAACCAUGGUUGGACUUUGUUUGAGAACGGUACUCUGGUUCGUCAUUUCGAUGGAGAGCACUUAUCUAAGAGUGACUAUUGCCUGCAACCAAUUCAUCGGCCGAAUAGCCAGCUCCUCUAUGAACUACAACCUCACCAUUGCCUUCCACCAAUUGAGAAAACCAACGCAUAUAUCCAGACGGUGUCGGUAUUCUGCCUGGCUAUUAUAAUUGUGGUUUACCUGAAUCUACCGAAUUUUAAAUCAACCCACGGAAAAUGUUGCACAUGUUACUUUACCUGCCUAACUGCGAGCUUUCUUAUGAUUGCUAUUGCUAUAGUGGCUAUUAUGCAAUCAUGGCUACAUUCUUGUGGCUUUUGUUGAUAAACUACAAUUUGUGGAAAACAUUUAACAACAUUGGAGUUGGCCGAAGGUCCCGAUUUACGAAUUACAAUAUU